AUGGGAGUCGUCUCGUAUUUUGGUCAACGCACCGUCCUGCUUGCUUUUGCUGUCGCAAACACAGCCCUCGCUGUCCAGCUCCAGUUUCAGACCGGAGAAACGGCGAAGAAAACCGCUGCGAGCACGCUUGCCGACACGUCUUUCCAAGACAUUAUGCGCAACGCGAUGAAGGACGCAGACGAUAUUGACAUGGACUCGGCCGAAUACCAGGAGUCCGCGGCAGCGCUGUCGGCUUCCCUGGGCUCAGAUUGGAACGGCGCGGAAAUCGAACGUCGUGCGGAUCAAGCAAAUCACGCGUUGCUGGACGGAAUCGCGAAUCCGAGACAGGUCCUUUGAUAGCGUUGUUUGGUUGCUUAGCCUUGUUUCUUCUGUUACGGGAGCAGUUUCUUGCUACUCUCGUUUGCAUUGAUGAUUGUGUUUGUGAUAUCACAAUCUGUAAAACAUCAUUUCGCAGGUGUCCGCCUUGACGCAGAUGUUGGGUGCACUUGCCGGCGGCCUGGGGCACUAGAACUAGACGGCAGCUGGGCGCGGAGCCACUGCAGCUUGCCGAAACAAAUGACUUCUUCCACAGCUGCAAACAAAUUUGUUUUCCUGACUGGUGAUUCUGAUUAGCAAAAAAUGCAGAGUGUAAAUAUCUUGUCGCAUGCAAAACGACAAGAAUAAGAAAAGCA